AGUAUCACAGAAUAAAACAUUUUCCUAGGGCGAUCUUGAUUGUUUCAUUUUCGUCCAAGUCCAACCAAAAUAAAUUUUACAAUUUGUUAAAUACUGGCCUUAAAAUGGCUGCGAUAGCUUUAAAAGGCAAUUUCGCAGCUAAGGCACUACCAAAGAAUGGGUGCCUCAGUAUUGUGUACAUUAAGAGUUCGCCAUACAGCACGGACAGGCCCAACAUUGCGGCGUACAAGCGCGGUACCGGGGGCCGUAGCAGCUUCAACGGAGUAGUCGCCACUGUGUUCGGAUGCACAGGAUUCGUCGGUCGCUAUGUGUGCAACAAACUGGGAAAGCUUGGAACUCAGAUGAUCCUGCCAUACAGGGGUGAUUUCUAUGAUGCCCAAAGACUGAAAGUUUGUGGAGACUUGGGUCAGGUUCUCUUCACCCCCUAUGACAUCCGUGAUGAGGCUUCAAUUGCCAAGGCUGUGAAGCACUCCAAUGUUGUCAUCAAUUUGGUUGGACGAGACUAUGAAACUAAGAACUUCAAGUACCAAGAUGUCCAUGUUGAAGGACCAAGGACUCUUGCUAGGAUUUGCCGUCAAGAGGGUGUGGAGAGGUUCAUUCACCUGUCCUACCUGAAUGCAAGUGAGAACCCGAAGCCUCAUGUGCUGAAGAAACCCUCUCAGUGGAACAUGACCAAGUACCAGGGAGAGUGUGCCAUCCGGGAGGAGUUCCCCACUGCCACCGUCAUCAGAGCCUCGGACAUCUACGGACAGGAAGACCGUUUCCUAAGGACUUUCGCCGCGUUUUGGCGUCGGCAAGGCCACUACAUGCCUCUCUACAAGAACGGCAUGGAGACGGUGAAGCAGCCCGUGUACGUGUCGGACGUGGCGCAGGGCAUCGUCAACGCGGCAAGAGACAUCGACACCCGGUGCAUGACCUACCAGGCCAUUGGGCCCAAGCGCUACCUGCUGGGCGACCUCGUCGACUGGUUCUACGAGCUGAUGCGCAAGGACGCCAAGUGGGGGUACCGCCGCUACGACAUGAAGUGGGACCCCGUGCUGCCCGUCAAGAUCGCCGUCACCAACAUGAUCUCGCCGGCCUGGCCGCUCGGCUUCUUGCACUGGGAGGGGCUUGAGAAGGAGGCGACCACAGACGUGGUGGACCCCGCGCUGCCGACGCUCGAGGACCUCGGGGUCACGCUCACGCACAUGGAGGACCAGGUGCCGUGGGAGCUGCGCCCGUUCCGCGCCUACCAGUACUACAUCGAACACAUGGGCGAGUUCCCCCGACCGCCCAACCCGAAGGUCUACGCCGGAUAAAUUAUGAUUGUAAUUUUUGUCCCCUGAAGGUGAUUUUUCCUGUGGUCUGAUAAGGUUUCUGGGAAAUGAGUAGUAGUCGGAAGACAGCUUUGAUACCAGCUAUUUCUAUUUAUAGUGUCUACUAUGGUUUUUCAUCGCUGUGAAUGGAUUAACCGGCAGCUAUUUUAUUCCCCUGUCAAGUAUUAUCAAAGCAUUCGAAAAAUUCGCCUUUCAAUACUAAAAUACAAUAACCGCUACAUAGGUACUAGCAAUGCUCAGACUAACGUGAUGAAGUCAUGAAUUAUAUUAAUAAAAAAAAAAUCCUUUUUGUGGCGGUUAGGGGAUUAAUUUGGAAGUUUCCGUAAAGCAAUCUGCUUUUAAAAUCAAAAUUCACUCUAGUUUACUAUUUCUUUUUUAUCUAUCUAGAAAUUGUAUUGUAUAAUAAAUUAUGUGAUGUUAAUUUA